CAUCAGUACAUAUACUCAGGUAGCGCAACCUGGCCUGGCCCGGCCCGGCCCAGAGAGGAGCGCGCCCAUAUCGCUUCCCUGAGGGCUGAGGCCGAGAGCGAAGCGGAGCGAGCACCGGACGAGAGGCAUGGCCAUGGCGCGGGCGGAGCUCCGCACCGUGACCGUGCGCUCUUCCCCGCUUCCGCGCUGCGUCCUCUCCCGGCUGCUGCCGUUGCUCCUCUCAGUCUCAGCCAUCGGCGCUGCGUCGGCGGCGCCACUCAAGUUCGGGAUCAACUACGGGCAGAUUGCGAACAACCUCCCGCAGCCGACGCAGGUGUCGGGCCUCCUGCAGUCGCUGAACGUGAACCGCGUCAAGCUCUACGACGCCGACCCCAUCGUGCUGACGGCCUUCGCCGGCACGGGCGUCGAGUUCAUCAUCGGCAACGAUGACCUCUACAACCUGACCGACGCACGCAAGGCCCGGGCCUGGGUGGCGCAGCACGUCCAGCCGUUCCUCCCCAGCACGCGCAUCACCUGCAUCACCGUGGGCAACGAGGUGCUCUCCGGCAAGGACACGACCGCCAUGCAGAGCCUCCUCCCGGCCAUGCAGACCGUGUACCAGGCCGUGGUCGCCCUGGGCCUCGGCGGCCAGGUGAACGUCUCGACGGCGCACUCGGUCAACAUCCUGGCCAGCAGCUACCCGCCGUCGUCGGGCGCCUUCCGGGAGGAGCUCGGGCAGUACAUCCAGCCGAUCCUCAACUUCCACGCCGAGGUCGGCUCGCCGUUCCUCAUCAACGCGUACCCGUUCUUCGCCUACAAGGCGAGCCCCGGGAGCGUGUCGCUGCCGUACGUCCUGUUCGAGCCCAACCCCGGCGUGGUCGACCCCAACACCAACCUCACCUACGACAACAUGCUCUACGCCCAGAUCGACGCCGUGUACGCGGCCAUGGAGGCCAUGGGGCACAGCGACCUCACCGUCAGGAUCUCCGAGACCGGGUGGCCGUCCAGAGGGGACGAGGACGAGGUGGGCGCCACCGUGGCCAACGCCGCCGCGUACAACGGGAACCUCAUGAAGAGGAUCGCCAUGGGCCAGGGCACGCCGCUCAAGCCGCACGUGCCCGUCGACGUCUUCGUGUUCGCGCUCUUCAACGAGGACAUGAAGCCCGGGGCAACGUCGGAGAGGAACUACGGCUUGUUUUACCCCAACGGCACGCCGGUGUACAGCCUCGGCUUCAACGGAGCGUCCUUCAGCCCAUCGCCGACGUACUCCUCUUCUUCCAAGCUGGUGAUUACAUUUCAGAUGGCAGUUGUUGUCCUACUCGCCAGCUUCUCCAUCCUACACACUGCCGUGCCGUGCCAUGCGUGAAGAUUAUUGCUAUUUUUUUGACUAACCCAUCUGUGGCUUCAUUGUACAUUAGGCUAGCUACCAGAACCCAUAUUAGUCUGACUUGAUGUAAAGCAUGCGACAGUAGUGCUGUCCAGCUCAAUUGAUAAUGCGUAUUAUAUUUGUUUUCUAAAAAAAUGAAAUUACAAAUGUCCAUUUC